AUGGCGCCGGUCACUGGACGACAGAUCACUGCUCUCGCAGUCACUGGGCUCGCUGUCACUGCACUGGUGUUACCGUCAGCCGUCAACGCCGCCUCGGCCGCCGUCCCUUCCCCCGCUGCUGCUCCCGCUGCUGAUGCCGCCAGCCCAGCCGCCACUGCCGCCGUCCCUGCUACUGCUGCGUCCGCUGCUGAUGUCACCAGCCCCGCCGCUACCGCCGUCACCCUCAGUCCGUCUGCAAUCCCGGGCGCCAUCGCCGACCACCUCCGACGUCUGUUCAGCCGGAGCUGGUCGCUGUUCACCCUUCCCGGCCUCAGCGUGCUGAAGGAGAACAGCAGCGCCAACACAUGGCUGGCGCUGGGCAGCAACGCCAUCGUCUCGGUGGUGAUCAUCUGUCUGGUGGCCGCCAUUGUGGUGAUCAUCAUCCUGAUCUUUAUCGCGCUGAUCGCCGACCACCACCAUCAGUACGGCUAUGGGUACGGUUACUACGGCGACUACGGCGGCUACGGCCACCACGGCGGUCACGGCGGGUAUGGCGGGUACGGCCACGGAUACAAAAGGUGA